GUUUCCAAACAUAAAAAUUAAACACUCAAAAAGAGUUUCAAAAUAUUGCCAAAAAACCCCUAAAGCAAAAUGAUGAAUCCUACGUUCCUGGUCCUUCUGGUAGCCACCGUUCUAAACGGUGAAGCCACCACGGCUCAGUCUGGAUGCAGCGGCACUCUGAUCAGCCUUUCCCCUUGUCGUGAUUACAUCACUGGUGGCUCAUCAUCACCUACUUCCUAUUGCUGCACUCAAUUUUCCACGGUGGUUCAGUCUUCACCGGAGUGUUUGUGCUUAGUGGUUAAUAGCAACGACAGCUCAAUCUCAGGGUUUAACUUUAACCGGACUUUGGCUCUCAAUCUCCCUACCGCUUGUGAUGUGCAAACUCCAUCGGCCAGUCAGUGUAAUGCCGGAAGCAACGGACCAACCACGUCUCCGGCGUAUUCUCCGGUAGAUUCACCUCAGAGUGCACUUUCACCAUCAGGACCGAAGACGUUUCCAUGGAGUAAUGAAAGCACGUCCAACAGAAAUGCGAUCGUCUUGUCCUUAGUAUCAAUUGCUCUGUUUCUCGCUAAUAUAUAAUAGCAUCUAUCAAACCUUCAAACUUUAGUGCUUUUAAUUACCUCAUCAUUAUUUUCUACUGUACCACUUUAUCACCGGUCGAUAAAAACAUCGUUGUAUACAUA